UAUGAGUGAUGUAACACAAUGACUAAAACUUUUGAUAGGAUGCACCAUCUAAAACUUUUGAUAAAGUCCCCCUCUAAAAUAAAAUAAAAAAUGUUGAUAAGUCAUGUACCAUUUUUUCUUUUCUUUUGUGACCUAAGUCCUGUACUCUGAUCAAGGAAGUAACUUAUUGCAAUUUGAAUUUUCUUUUGAGCGCAUAUUGGUGCAGUAGCUAAAUAUCGAGAGAUUCUCUUGGAGAACUUCCUUCAAACACUCAAUGCCAUGUUCGAGGUUUUGAUUAGGGUGCAUUGUUGAUUGUUGGGGUUGUAUUAUGAUCAAACGUGGUGUUCCUGCAACCGGGAAAAGAGCUAUUCAAGAACACAUUUUCUCAUUACUUCAAACCUGCAACAACACCGAAACCAAUAUCCUUCAAAUUCAUACCCAAGUAAUUCUCAACGGUCUCUCUCACAAGCAUAACAUCAUCGCCAAGCUUCUUUCAUUCUAUGCAGCCUCUGGUAAACUCCAACAUGCCCACAAACUCUUCAUUCAAAUCCAUAACCCAAAAACCACUGUCUGGAAUCACAUGAUUAGAGCCUAUGCUAGUAGUAUUACGCCGUGGAAAUCGGUUCAGUAUUACAAUCAAAUGGUGUUAAAUGCUUGUGAGCCUGACGGGUUUACUUAUUCGUUUCUAUUGAGUGCUUGUGUGCGAGGCGGGUUGGUUAGAGAAGGGGAACAGUUGCAUGGGAUUGUUCUGGCAAAAGGUUAUUGCUCCGAUGUUUUUGUUAAUACGAAUUUGAUUAAUUUUUAUGCGGAUUGUGGUGGUGUUGAGCAAGCGCGGUAUGUGUUUGAUGAUAUGACUCAAAGAAGUGUUGUUAGCUGGAAUUCUUUACUUGUUGGCUAUGUUAAGUGUGGUGAUUUUGAUGCUGCGAGAAAUGUUUUUGAGGAAAUUCCGGUUAGAAAUGUUGUGUCUUGGACGACUAUGAUUGCUGGGUAUGCUCAGAAUGGGAAAUGUGUUGAAGCUUUGUCGUUGUUUGGUCAGAUGAGGAGAGCACGUGUGGAAUUGGAUCAGGUGGUGUUGGUGGCAGUUUUAUCAGCAUGUGCUGAAUUAGGGGAUCUGAAGUUAGGAAGAUGGAUCCAUUGGUAUGUUCAAGAGAGGCAACGGCAAGCCUCUGUCCGGUUGAACAAUGCACUCAUGCAUAUGUAUGCUAGUUGUGGAAUCAUUGAUGAAGCUUAUCGAAUGUUUACCAAGAUGUCUUGGAAAACCACUGUGUCUUGGACUAUCAUCAUCAUGGCUUUUGCAAAACAAGGUCUUGGUAAGGAAGCUCUUGAUCUGUUUAAAGAUAUGCUUAGUGAUGGUGUGGGGAAAAGUGGGAUAAGACCUGAUGGAACAACCUUCAUUGCAGCUCUUUGUGCUUGCAGUCAUGCAGGGUUUGUAGAGGAAGGAUGCAGAAUUUUUGAAUCGAUGAUACAUACUUGGCGAAUCAGCCUGCAGAUUGAACACUACGGAUGCAUGGUUGAUCUCUUGAGUCGCGCAGGUUGCUUAGAUGAAGCAUAUAGACUUAUUGAAACUAUGCCUUUUAAGCCUAAUGAUGCAAUAUGGGGUGCCCUUCUCGGUGGUUGUCGAAUACACAAGAAUUCGGAGCUAGCAUCACGAGUUGCGAACACGUUAGUUGCUGAGCUUGACAGCACCGAUCAAGCUGCAGGCUAUCUUGUGCUCUUGUCAAACAUAUAUGCCUUUGCCGGAAGGUGGCAGGAUGUCAUUGCAGUAAGACAGAAAAUGAUUGAGAUGGGUGUGAAAAAACCUCCUGGCCAAAGUUGGAUCCAAAUUUAUGGGGUUGUUCAUAAUUUUGUGGUGGGUGAUAUGACUCAUAAGCAUUCAUCUUUAAUCUAUGAAACCCUUUGUGAGAUUACCGAGCAAGCCCGUGUCGAAGGCUAUAAACCAGACAUAACAGAGGUUCUCUUGGAUGCCGAGGGAUAGGAAAUAUAGGAAGAACAUAAUUUUUGCUUCGUGCAUUUUGGUUUUACAAUUAUUUUUGCAUGGACUUAUCAGAAGGCAAGUGCUCAUUUUGUUGUUUUUUCAAGUGUAUCAGUUGCCAUUGCCCAACACUAGUUCCGUACAGUGAUUCUAAACAAACACUAGUUCCCAAGCAGUGACCAUGAAAACGAUUUAGAGUAUUCUUCUAAAAAAUUUCAUCCACCAUGAAAACAUUGACACCGCAUCACAUUCCUCCAUAGGAAAACUUGUAAUAUGUAAAACGAGAAAACUGUGUGAACCCAAACACACAAUUGACUCUUUGGUAUUGUUGACUCAAAAGUUCGGAAAAAGAGCUGGUAACAUGAAGAUGGCUACUCUUGCUUCCCAUUUUGGUCUUGGGAAGAAAACACACAGAUAUAAUUGAAAUCAUUAACAGAAGAGGUGCAGGAAAUCAACAAGGGAUUAGAAAAGAAUUUUUUUCAGAUGUGAUUGAAAUCAUUAACAGAAGGGGUGCAGGAAACCAACAAGGGAUUAGAAAAGGUUAAACAAGAGCUGCAUCUGAAAUUGAUGGACCUGUGCCCGAAGUUUUCUAUAAGACAUUGAAAUAAUUAGAUAUACUAUAUGAAUAGUCAAGGAGUAGCAAGAUGGAUAUAUGGGAUUAUUAAAAUGGGAGGGCUGAACUGAAUGAAGUUUUAUCACCCACGUGGGAUUAGGUUUUGUUUCGAAUAUGUAGUGAUAUGUUCUCCUGUCUAUUUCUACAAUGAACAAGCUAACUUAUUUUUGUUUCUGGUUUAAUAAUUGCAGUUACUGCAACUAUAUUAAGUUUUACAAGGUUGUUCCAAAAAGCACAUGAAGAGAAUUGCAAACAAGAAGAAUUAGAGAAGAAUAAAACUGAGAAAGAAGAAUUUGAGAAGAAUAAAACUGAGAAAGAGGCUGAAAUGGAGAAGGCUAAGUGCAUUAACUGGACAAAUAAGAGGGCAAAAGAUAGUUGCUGACUGGGUUUUCUACUCCUUUGCACCGACAGCCUGCUCUAACCGAAGAGCAGGAAUCUACCCAUGCAAGGUGAAUGCUUAUGAGGCCAGUUAUGACUUACAAAGCUUCUCUUUCCACGAUGAUAAUGUGAAAAUGAGCCUUACAUGCUUAUCUAUUGAAGCUGGAGUGGAUAACAAAUUCAUGCCACAUGGGGACCUUUGAGCGCAGAACAAGCUUAGGAGCUGAUUCUUUGAUGGCAUGUUUUUGAAUCAGAUUUGUAUGGCCAAUAGUCCUUUUUGUUAGAAGACUAGUUUUAAGUUUAUUCCAAAUGGGUCUUUGGAUUGCUGGAUCUUUCCCACAGAGGAAAGUGAUGCACGUGGUGGCGGAUGCUUAUCCUCCAACGAAUGCUAUGAAAAUGAUGGAACCAGUCUAUCUCAUGAUUGUUCAAGAAGAAAAUUUUGUAGCAGAGCAUGCUUUCUGUUGCUGUAGAACUGGCAUUGGCUUGCAUCAUUCAAUUGCUUUAUUUUGUCCAGCACUAGAGCAGAAGCUUUCUGGAUUUGCAAAGCCCUGCAACUGUAGUACCGUGAAAUCCUUGUACAAAGCACUAAAAUAAAAUGUUUUUUAAAAUGUUAGUUUCUGUUAAUCUGCUGGACACAGAAAAUCUUAAGUUGCAUGUUUUCCUUACAUCUUAUUAGCUGAACUCGCACGUUGUAAAGACUGUGAAUAUUACAAUGUACAAGGGCCAGUUGAUGACAUUUUCCUUUUUGCCAUUGCCAACUCAAA